AUUCCCAUUCGGUGGUGUUAUAGGAUCUACGAAACAGGGUUACUGCACGAUUAUUGUCUACUUCGGCCCUGUCCCGCUCAUGCGAAUUCAAGAUUGAUGGUCCAGAUUGAGGUUUUUUUUUUGUAACCGUAGAUCUGAUUCGAUGACUUUGUUCUCUCGCUCCUGGCCUUGCGGGCCAUGGGAUUCUGGGACAGUAGGGAGCAGUAUUUAGACCCUUCCGGAUCCCCUCAUCCAGAGUUGAAGUAUUCAGUAUCAUCUGCGCCUUUUUCCUUAGAUCGAGUCUGCUGCACUUGCAUAUUCCUCUCUCUCUCCGUCCAUCGAUCUCAAUCUAUCUGACAGUCCAUCAAAUCAUCCCCUCGUUGGAAAGACACAUACACACUCGCUAUGCAUUUCCAGAAGGCCUCUGCUGCGGUUGCGUUGUUGGCAUUGCUCCCGGCGACGAUUGCCUCUCCACUCUUUCGGAGGAAUUCUAGCAGUGGGCAGUGCGGUGCUGCCAAUGGUGGUUUGAGGUGUGAUGCUUCGCCGGGGAACAGUUGCUGUUCCGCUGCCGGAAAUUGUGGUGACUCGGCGGAUCAUUGUGGGACGGGUUGCCAGGCGGGCUUUGGUGUAUGUUUUCUUUCAUGAUACGGUACCUCUUUCUUAGUUGGCCCCUAACUGACAUUUUCUUCAGACAUGCGGUGGAGCAGCAGCGAGUAAUACGCCCGGUGGGGAAGCAACUUCUAGUGCUUCGAGAGCCAAGCUGGGGAGUGUUCCUUAUGGGGCGGAAUUUAAACGCUGUACUAAAGCCGGGACAAUUGCCUUGACCUAUGAUGAUGGCCCAUAUAUAUAUACCGCCGGGGUUUUGGACUUGCUCAAGGAGUACGAUGCAAAGGCUACGUUUUUCGUUACGUGAGUUCCCCUGAUCUAUCUUGUCCAUCCCUCACAAACUAAUUGAUAUUUUAGUGGAAACAACAUUGGCAAAGGCGCCAUUGACAGCUCCUCCCAGCCAUGGGCCGGUGUGAUCCAACGUAUGGAGAGCGAAGGCCACCAGAUUGCCUCCCAUACGUAAGUAUUCCAUCCUCCGUCCACCCUUAAAAAUCGAUCCGACGAGAAAAAUAAUAAUCAAAAACCCAACAGUUGGACCCACCAAGACCUCUCAGCGAUCGAUGAAAACGCCCGCAAAGACGAGAUGUACAAUAACGAGAGGGCGCUCCGCAAUAUCCUUGGAAAGUUCCCAACAUACAUGCGCCCUCCAUUCUCCUCCUGUACCGAGGCCUCCGGCUGCCCUCGCACGAUGGAGCAGUUGGGCUAUCACAUCACCUCCUUUGACCUGGAUACCGACGAUUACAACAAUCUCACCCCAGAACUCAUGCAGAAGGUCGAGGAAAAAUUUACCAGCACGGUUGAGGGGAGUGAUGCUGCUCAGACUAGCUUUUUGGCUAUCGCUCAUGAUAUCCACGAGUUGACUGCUAAGCGCUUGACCAAGCACAUGUUGGAGGUUAUUAAGAAGAAGGGAUAUAAAGGUAUGCCCCCCCCCCCCUCUGGCAUGUAUAUUAUCUAGCAAUUGCCUAUGGGAUACGGACUGAUUUUUGAUUUUUUUUUUUCUCUUCAAUUUUUAGCGGUCACUGUCGGUGAAUGCCUUGACGAUCCCAAGGAGAACUGGUAUCGCUCUUAGUUUAUCCACGGACCUGAACAUAUUUUAAUCGGCAUUUUUUAUUUUAUUUUCAUUUUUAUUUCAUGAGAUAUUAUCCUAUUUUCUUUUCCUUCCUUUCCUUUAUGAUAAUUUUUUGGUUUUUUCUUUUUCUUUUUUUUUUCUUCCUUUCUCUAAUUUAUCGACGGCAUGAUACAGGCUAUGGGAUAUAAUGUUUUAUGUGUACGAUGGGGAGGAAGCACGAUACCUGGAAAUGCUGUCGAGCGUAUGUGACUUAGCUUAGCCUAUAAGUUAGUGC